GCGUUUUUUGUUGUAAAUUGUUUUGUGUCUCGUACAGCGCGGUCGCAGUUUGGUUUGUUGAUGUGGUUUACGGUAGGUAUCGCACCCGCCUUGUGAUAAUGUGAAUUCAUCAUAGUUUGUGUUUUGUGUCGCUCGUGCUACGAUGACUUAAUAAGUUUCGUGGGAGCAAAAUAUGUUCGAUAGUGUCAGUUGAGUGUAUCGUAAAAUGGGCUUGAUAACUUCGAGGGAGCAGACAAUGUUGGACGGGCCGGUGGGACCGACCAAGAGCAACCAUGUCCGCCAGCCUUCGACGCGGAGCCGGGCCAAGCCCCCUAUGCCGGACAGGGAUGAGCUGGAGAACAGAUUUAUCAAAGUUCUGGCGUCUAUGGACCUGCCCCCGGACAAGGCGAAGCUGCUCCGCAACUACGACCUGGAGAAGAAGUGGGAGAUCAUCUGCGACCAGGACAUGGUGGUGGCCAAGGACUCUCCCGCGCACUACCUCAACCGGCUCCGGACUUACCUGGAUCCGAAGGCGUCGAGGAGUCACCGGAAACGGAAAAUGGUCGGCGACUCGACGUCCACACAAGUGCUGCGGGACCUCGAGAUAUCGCUUAGGACCAACCACAUCGAGUGGGUGCGCGAAUUCCUGAACGACCAGAACCAGGGUCUGGACGUGCUGAUCGACUACCUGAGCUUCCGGCUGAGCAUGAUGCGGCACGAGCAGCGGAUAGCGCUCGUCCGCAGCCAGUCCAGCGACGGCAUCAACAAAGUAAACUCGACGACGUCCGAGUGCUCCGCGGCGGACACGUCAACAUGGCGGAGGCGCGCGCGCAGUGCGGACGGCGAGGAGGGCGCGCGCAGCCCCUCCGUGCGCCGCCGCACGCGCCAUGCCGCUCGGCUCAACAUGGGCGCCAGCACCGACGACAUACACGUCUGCAUCAUGUGCAUGAGAGCCAUCAUGAACAAUAAGUACGGGUUCAACAUGGUGAUCCAGCACCGGGAGGCGAUCAACAGCAUCGCGCUGUCCCUCGUGCACCACUCGCUGCGCACCAAGGCGUUGGUGCUGGAACUCCUCGCUGCGAUCUGCCUGGUGAAGGGCGGCCACCAGAUCAUCCUGUCGGCGUUCGACAACUUCAAGGAGGUUGUGGGCGAGCCGCGCCGAUUCCACACCCUCAUGGAGUACUUCAUGAACUAUGAUACCUUCCAUAUUGAGUUUAUGGUGGCGUGCAUGCAGUUCGUGAACAUAAUCGUGCACUCGGUGGAGGACAUGAACUUCCGAGUGCACCUCCAGUACGAGUUCACGGCGCUCAAGCUGGACGACUACCUCGAGCGGCUGCGGCACUGCGAGAGCGAGGACCUGCAGGUACAAAUCUCUGCGUACCUGGACAACGUGUUCGACGUGGCGGCGCUGAUGGAGGACAGCGAGACCAAGACCGCCGCGCUAGAGAAGGUCAACGACCUGGAGGACGAGCUCGCACAUGCGAACGAGCGACUGGCGGCGCUGGAGCGGGCGGCGCUGGCGACGCAGGCGACGCUGGAGGCGGAGCUGGCGCGCGUCACGCACGAGCGGGACCAUCUCGCCGAGGCCCGCCGCCAGGUCGUCGAGGAGGUGUCAACGUUGAGAAGAGCCCAGCAGGACUCCAGGAAUAGACAGUCGAUGCUCGAGUCGAAGGUUCAGGAACUGGAGUCGCUGACCAAGUCGCUGCCGAGGGGCGCGUCCAUGGGCGCGAUAUCGAGUCACGCGCUGUGCAACGGUAACGCGACGCCCAACGGCACCGUCAACGGGCACGUGUCGCCGCCACCCGCGGUCGCUCCGCCCCCGCCGCGACCGCCAUCCCCGCCCCCCGCGCCCGCCGCGCCGCUCCCGCCCCCGCCGCCGCCUCCGCCGGCGCUCGUCCCUCCGCCCGCGCCCCCCGCGCCGCCCGCACCCCCCGCACCGGGACUGAUGGCGCCCCCGCAGCACACGGACGCGAUGACGAUCAAACGAAAAGUAGAUACAAAAUACAAGCUGCCCACGCUGAAUUGGAUAGCGCUGAAACCGAACCAGGUUCGAGGUACGAUAUUCAACGAGUUGGACGAGGAGCGGCCGCGGCGGCGGAUCAACUUCGCCGACUUCGAGGAGAAGUUCCGAGUGGGCGGGCCCGUCGCCGCCGCGCUCGCCGCCGCCGACGACACGCUCUCCUCCUUCCCCAGCAAGCGGUUCCGCCGCCCCGACACCGUGUCGCUGCUCGAGCACACGAGGCUGAGGAAUAUAGCGAUAUCGAGAAGAAAACUCGACAUCCCGGUCGACAAAGUGAUAUCGGCGAUCCACAACCUGGACCUGAAACAGCUGCCGCUGGAGAGCGUCGAGAUCCUCCAGCGAAUGGUGCCGACGGAGGCCGAGCAGAAGGCGUACAAGGAGUACGUGGCGGAGAAGAAGAACGUCAACCAGCUGACGGAGGAGGACAAGUUCCUCAUGCAGCUCGCCAGGGUCGAGCGCAUCUCCGCGAAGCUCGCCAUCAUGAGCUACAUGGGCAACUUCUACGACAACAUCCACCUCAUAACGCCGCAGAUACACGCCAUCAUAUCGGGCUCCUCCUCGGUGAAGUCGUCGCAGAAACUCAGGAACGUUCUAGAGAUUAUCCUCGCGUUCGGCAACUACCUGAACAGCAGCAAACGCGGGCCGGCGUACGGGUUCAAGCUGCAGUCGCUGGAUACGCUGAUGGACACUAAAUCCACAGAUAAGAGAGUGUCGCUGCUGCACUACAUCGUCGCGACGAUAAGGCAGAACUUCCCGGAGUUGAUGAACUUCGACACGGAGCUGCUGUAUAUCGACAAGGCGGCGCAAGUAUCGCUGGAGAACGUGGUGGGCGACGUGUGCGAGCUGGAGCGCGGCAUGGAGGCGGCGCGGCGCGAGAGCGAGCGCGCGCACGUGCUGCGGGACUUCCUCAACAACGCGCAGGACAAGCUGCGCCGCCUGCGCGCCGAGACCAAGCACGCCCAGGACUCGUUCGCGGCGUGCGUGGAGUAUUUCGGCGAGGCGGCACGCAGCUGCGACGCGAACGCUUUCUUCUCGCUGCUCGUCCGGUUCACGAGGGCGUUUAAGCAAGCGGAUAUGGAGAACGAACAAAGACGAAGACUGGAGCAGGCGGCGCUGCAGGCGGACCACGUCGACCCCAACAAGGCCAAGCUCACGCAGAAGAAACAACAGGAAGCUGUGAUCAACGAACUGAAGACGAAGUCCGCGGGCGUGGGCGAGAAGAAGCUGCUGCACCAGGACGAGGUGUACAACGGCGCCCUGGAGGACAUCCUGCACGGGCUGCGCAGCGAGCCCUACCGCCGCGCCGACGCCGUGCGCCGCUCCCACCGCCGCCGCAUCAACUCGCACCGCCUCUCCAAGGGCCUCGAGGAGCUGGACGUAUGAUACGAGCCGGACUCCAGCGAGCCGCUGGACUUCUCCGU